AUGGGCUUCGCCAGUGCGGUCGCCUCGGCUCUGCAAGGUACAAGAGCCGACAACAGACGUAGAUACAUAUACAGCGCCAUCCCAUUGGGAGAAGCCGGGCAUAACCGUGGACGGCAGCGCACAUGGCGAGUCAGGCCACUCAAGGUGCUGGCUGCAUUUGUGAUAGCUGCCGCUGCCCUGUCUGUGGUCAUCGCGUACCGGCAUGCGCGCGGGGCUACGAGGGAGCAUGCGGACACCUCUUCCCAAUCUUGGGGGCAGUAUUCGCCCUUCUUCUCGGUCCCCUCGGCCAUCGAUGCGUCCACGCCUGAUGGAUGCGAGGUGACAUUUGCCGCUGUCCUCUCCCGCCAUGGCUCUCGAUAUCCCACGGCGAGCAAGGCAGAGGUCUAUCGAUUGCUGCUUGACCGGGUACAAAAAUCUGUUUCCCGAUAUGCGAGAGGUUACGAGUUCAUCGAGGACUUUGCGUUGGAUCCUGGCGUUGACAGCAUGACGUCGUAUGGUGAGAACGAGCUGGUCGAGUCGGGAAUCGCUUUUUACCAGCGCUACAAGUUGCUGGCUCGGGAUUCAGAUCCAUUUGUCCGAGCAUCUGGGUCCGACCGUGUCAUUAUGUCAGCCCAGAACUUCACCCAAGGCUUCUACAGAGCGCAGGGGAAAAGCUACGACGGCGCGCUGGAGAAAAUUCUUGUCCUUCCCGAGGGAACUGACUUCAACAACACCCUGGACCACGGGACAUGUCCCGCAUUCGAGAAUGGACCUAACUCAGCCCACGCCCGCGAGAAGCAGAAGGUGUGGGGGGAUAUAUGGGCGACGCCCAUCAGGGAGAGGCUGAAUACCAAGCUACCUGGAGCUGGGUUGACGGUACAAGACACAAUCUUUAUGAUGGACCUCUGUCCCUUCGACACCGUAGCUACUGCUGGCGCGACCAUGUCGAUGUUUUGUGGCCUUUUCUCCGCGGAUGAAUGGCAUGGCUACGAUUACUUUGGAUCUCUGGGGAAAUGGUAUCAGCAAGGCAACGGAAGUCCCCUGGGUCCCACGCAAGGUGCUGGAUAUGCAAACGAGCUCAUCGCACGGCUAACGGGGCAGGCUGUUCGAGACUCGACAACAACCAACUCUACACUCGACUCGUCACCCGAGACGUUUCCCCUGGACAGGAAGCUCUAUGCCGACUUUAGCCACGACAACGCCAUGGUGUCAGCAUAUGCUGCGCUGGGCUUGUACGGAAAGACGGACGAUCUGCCCGUUACCUCCAAGCUCCCGCCGCUCAAGGCACAUGGCUUCUCGGCGUCCUGGACCGUGCCGUUUGCGGGGCGCAUGUACGUGGAGAAAAUGCGGUGUGGGGGGGAGGGGGAUGAGGAGCUGGUGAGAAUUAUCAUCAACGAUCGAGUCCAAGGCUUAGAUGGCUGCGGUGCGGAUCAUCUGGGACGGUGCAAGCUGGGCGCUUUUGUCAAGAGCCUGUCAUUUGCCCGAAGAGGUGGGCGGUGGAACGGGUGUUAUUCCUAA